AUGCCGUCUACCUACCAGGCCUUCCUGCUCAGCAAUGCCACCCGGAUCACCUCCAUCGAGUCCACCCUCCGAUCCUUGACCUGGUUCUUGCCCGGCAGAUUCAAGGAUGCCGAACUAGCCUCCGAAUCUCUGUACACGGCUCUGAAUUUGCUCAGUUUGUACCAUGACCGGAUCAUCACCAAGGUGGUCACGAGCCUACCAGCGUCACAGAAACCGGCCCAAUCGUCGCAUGCGCGGUACACCUCAGCCUGGUGUGCAGUCUCGCCGACCUACAACUUCCUGGCGCAUGGAUUAGCGAUCAUCUCGCACAGUCAGCUGCUGGUCGAGAUGGUGGCGCGGCGGAGGCUAGGCUCGAAGCGGCGCUGGCGGGUGGUGCUGAUGCUCGAGCUGAUCAAGGCGCUCCUGCGCCUCAAGCUGGUCAAUCUGACCAGCAGGAUGCUCGUCAAUCCGCCCCUCCCGGAACGAAGCAUCGACCCGACCACGCUCGAGGCCCACCAGGCUAGCAACUCAUCCUCCACCCCAGCAGCCAACGAUCUCUGGUCCCAUCAUCAACCCGGAUCCUCCACCACGCCCCUCAACCCCCCCUCCUCGUCCUCCAACAGCUCCGCCGCCGGAUCCACUUGGGUCGGCAAACGCACCGGCAUCGUCCGCCCGCUGAUCGCUAACCUUCGAUCUCCCCCCAAUGAUCCCCUCAUCGGCACCGGAAAGUCCCUCGUAAACGAUUACCUCUCCCGAAAAGCGUUGACCCUGGAAGAGGUGCUCAAGCCACUCGACUUGGUCAGGAAAUCCAAAUCGAGCAAAGACCGAUUGGCAGAAAUCAUCUGGAUUCUCAGGCCAGUCAUCUAUGUUCUUACGAUCAAUCGGUAUGGCCACCGCCAUGCCGUCCCAUUUCUAUGCUCCUUAUCGCUCGAGUAUCUGUCCCAUUCGCUGCGCCACUCGGGGCUCCAACACCCCCACGGACGCCAGCCGACCCCGCCGCUCUUCUUCCCCAGUCCGCGCCGGGCGGCCUUCCAGAGCUUUGUCUCCGAACUCGAGCGCAACGAGCUCGAGGCCAGACGGCUCGCCUUCUGGUCCUACUUCCUCCGCGGCCCGCUCUGGCUCCUCUGGACUAAACCCAAACUCCUCCAGAUCUCUAGCAAAUUCAGCAACGUCCCCAUCCUCAACCUCUUGUCCACCGCUAUCCUCGACUACACCCCUUUGCUCGACGAGUACCAUUACUAUGUCUCCUAA